AUGGAACAUCUUCAAAUGGAUCUUAUAGAUUUUACGGCAUAUAAAGAUCAUAACAAUGAUUUUGUCUGGCUUCUUACUAUUUGGGGUGCACCAUCAAUCUUACAAUCUGACAAUGGCAAAGAAUUUACUGUUGAUAUUAUUAUAUGUGUUUGUAAAACACUUGGAAUCACAAUUCGACAUGGUUGUUCACAGCAUCCAAUGUCACAAGAUCAAAUUGAACAACUAAAUCAAACGAUUGAAUGCGAAUUAACAAAGAUGAUAUGGAAUGAAGAAAACCAGUUACAAGACGUGAAUUGGAAAAAUAAUCUAUUUAAAUUCAUAUUUUCAUAUAAUACUACAAAACAUAGUGUGCAUGAAAUAGAAAUCGAUAACUUACAAAAAAUACAAGAAAAUUUAUCACAAACUGUUGAAAAUCACUUAGAAAAAGUUUCAGUAAUUCAUAAUAAGAUUAAUAGCCAACUUGAGAAAUCUAGAAAAUAUAUGCUCAAACAUUCAAGUGUUCACCAUCUUAUGAAUCUCUAUGAACAAGGUUAA